AUUUAUCAAUAGAAAAAAAUGAUGCUUAGCAAAUUCAUUUUCGUCUGGUUAUUAUGCCUAUCUGCUGUAUUCGUUCAACUGCCUUCGGCCAGCAGCAUUGUUUGGCCCAAAUUUCAUGAGAAGAAAAAACCAAUCGAUCAAAUUGUUGCAACUAUCGAUGCAUGGUUCGGAUGUAAUAAUGAGAAAAAACGAAUUGAUCAACUUGUUGGAACUAUCGAUGCCUUAAAACAGCAGAUCCCGGCCAAAAACACUCUUGCUGAUAUGGAAAACGCUCUUCGUAGAGAAAAAGCAAAAAAUCAAGAGCUACUUAAUGCAAUUUCGGAACAUGUAACAAAAGAGCAUGAACUUGAACAGCAAAAGAAAACCUUGGAAUCAAAAACUUUAGACCUCGACAAGAAAGUUAAUGAAAUAUCAAUAAAAAAAGAAUUAAUUGAACAGCAGAAGAAAAACUUGGAAAAAACAAUUGUGUACCUCGACAACAAAGUCGAAACAUUACUGAGUAACUUUACUGAUUGCAAAGAAAAUCAUGAAGUUUUGGUACAGAAUGUAACUAAUCAAUUACAAUCGUGUGAAACUGAGAGGAAGAAGGAAAAAGAAAUUGCAGAUCAGUCGACUCUAAAUAUCGAGGCAGAAAAGAAAAUGGAAAAGGACAGAACUUCCAAACUUUUGGAAGUUGAAAAGGGUGCUCUUCGUAGAGAAAAAGAAAAAAAUUAUGAGCUACUAAAUGCAAUUUCAGAACAUGUAACAAAAGAGCAUGAACUUCAACAGCAAAAGAAAAACUUGGAACAAAAAACUUUAGACCUCGACAAGAAAGUUCUUGAAAUAUCAUUAAAUAAAGAAUUACUUGAACAGCAAAAGAAAAACUUGGAGCAAAGAAUUGUGUACCUCGACAACAAAGUUGUAAAAUUGCUAAGCAACUUUACCACUGAAUUGAAAAAUUGUACAGUCCUCAAGGACAGCCAAAGCCUGAUGUUGGAAGAAGAAAAAGGGAGCAGUCUUCGAGACAAAACCGCUCUAAUUGCCAACUUGGAAUUGUGCGAAGAAAAACGCAAAAUGUUGAAUAACUACGUGCUGGAUUCUUUUUUACGCGAUUCGCCUUAUCCUGGAGUAGAAAAGUACACCCGAUACGCAGUGGCUCGAUUGGGGAUGUUGCCAAUCAAACAUGCGAAACCUUUGAUACCUGAAUUCGGACCAGUCAUCAACGACGUUCUUUCAUUUCGCUAUCCCAUCAACAUUCCAUCGUGUCAGGCAGCAGAAAUAACAAAUAAUACUUCGGCGAACCCAAGUGUUUUCAUAGUGAUUAUAUCGGGUCCGGGUAAUUUUAAAAAGCGAAACGACAUCAGAGAAACGUGGCUCAAUCACCUCAGCAAAAGUGUCCUGGAAAAAAAUCUGCUGGGCAUUAGCACCCGAUUCGGUUUCUUUCUCGGUAAGACUCAAGACAAUUCGAUUCAAAAGCGAAUCGAAGAAGAGAGUCAGAAACACGGGGACAUCGUCCAAAUCGAAAUGGACGAUUCGUUCCGCAAUUUGACGCUGAAAGGCAUCGCCGUGCUCAACUGGGUGCGGCAACACUGCGCCAAUGUCGAUCUCGUUUUCAAAGUGGACGACGACAUCUACGUCAACGUGCACAAUCUCGUUCAUUUUGUCCGGUCCAACUAUCAAUCGAACAACAGUUUGUUCGGCCACGCCUGGGGCCCAUCCGAUCCUGCUCGUUACAAUAGUCAAUGGUAUCUCCCAUUUGAAGAGUAUCCGUGGAGGCACUAUCCAAAUUACGUCCAAGGAGCGGCCUAUUUUAUGCACGCAAGCGUCGUCAUUCCGUUAUUGGCUGCCAGUCAGACAAUUCCUUUCAACCCGUUCGAGGACGUUUUCUUAGCCGGAAUGUGCACGGAAAAAGCCGGUGCCAAGAUAAAAAUUUCCAAAUGGCCUGCAUUCAGUAUCUUUUGGUGGCUGCCAUCCGUUCCGCCGCCGUGUGAUCUUUGGAAAUUCGUCGGGUGGCCGACCGACAAUCAAUUCGCCACCCACUCGGCCGUCGACGAUUUUUAUCGGAACAAGACCCAGUGCGUUGUCACCGAAUCGGAUGGAACCAUAAUAAAAAUAAUCGAUUUCACCGAUCCCGUCGACUUUCAGUUCCCUUAGUCUGUGACACACAAGACAAUGAAGACAAGAAUAAUUAUCCCUUUUAUUGGAAAUAACGAUGAAAAAUCGUAGACAUUUACAUUGGCCUAAUAUAUUAGCAACAACAAUUCGGCGCUUAAUUUCAACUAACACUAAAAUAUUAUAGUAAUAAUUUGUCAUGUAGUAAAAUAGACUUGCUUUAUCCGGUAAUAA